AUGGCGUCGCAAACAGUCGUGGACGCCCCGCGCCAUCCCGUGCGCAGCGGACGAGGCUCGGAAAGUGAUAGCUCGCUGGACGAGAUCGCGCAAGAGAAACAUCAGGCGCAAUCCCUCAGUCGCGGUAACCUUGACGACUCAGCAUCACCAAAGCGAUGGAAGAGUUUCUGGUCGGCAUUCCGACACCUGGCGCAUUUGACCCCAAAGCAAGUUGAUGAUUUCAUGGCCUCAUACGUCAUCUAUAACCUCGACUGGUCCGAUGAGAAGCAAAUGACCGAGACUCUGGGCCCCAAUUACCAAGAAAAAGUCGGUGAUUGCUUGAAGUCUUACUAUGGAGUGCUGAACCAUCUUUGCGCGCUGGGUGACGUUGAGAAAAUGUACAUCCCACCUUGGAUGAGCCCUAAGUCCAGUGUACUAGAGAACCAGAUCCUAUAUGAACGUUCAAUCGCAGAGGACAUCGGCCUCACGACUGGAAAGAAGGUCCUGGACUUGGGCUGCGGCCGCGGGCGCGUCGCUGCUCACAUGGCGCAACACACUGGCGCCCAUGUCACAGGCCUCAACAUCGACCCGAACCAAGUCGAGCAAGCAACCAGCUUCAACGCCGAGCGCGGUCUCCAGAACAACUUCGUCACGCAAGACUUCAACGACCUCCCCCUGCCCUUCGCCGACGAGAGCUUCGACGCCUUCUACCAGAUCCAAGCCCUGAGCUUGUGCAAAGACCUGCCGGCGCUGUUCCGCGAGAUCUUCCGUGUCGUCAAGCCCGGUUCCAAGAUAUCUUUGUUGGAUUGGAUGAGUCUGCCGGACUACGAUGCCAGCAACCCCGAACACGCGGAGCUCAUGCGCCGGGUCAAGCCCCUCAUUGGCGCCGUCGGUACACCCACUCAGGACAUUUUGGAGAAUGCGCUCAAGGAGGCUGGAUUCGAUAUUGUGCGGUCGCAGAACGCUAGUAUCGAUGGUCUCCAAGCACCGCUUAUUGAUACCGUCGAUGUCUACUUCCGUACCCUGCGCCAGGCCAUCCUCGCCUUGGUCAAGGUGCAUGUGCUUCCGCGUCACUUCAAGACUUUGAUCAACCGUCUAUGUUUAGACGGGCAGGCAUUCGUAAAGAUGGAUCGCAUGCGUUUGGCCACAACAAGUUAUAGCAUCAUUGCGCAAAAGCCGGCAGCUUGA